AUGGAUGGUGGGAAUGAUGCUACAGAUGCUCUUAGUCAGCUUUCGACAGAACAGAUCGAACAAUUUCGGAAAUAUUUUAAUACGUUCGAUAAAGAAAACAAAGGUUUUAUCAGAGCAACACAAAUUGGUCAAAUUUUAAGAACUAUGGGCCAAGCAUUCGAAGAAAGAGAUUUGAAGAAACUCAUUAAAGAAUUCGAUACCGAUGGAUCAGGUGAGAUUGAAUUCGAAGAAUUUGCAGCAAUGGUUGCCACUUUUGUUGUUGAAGAUGAAAAGGCUGGCAUUGAGGAGGAAUUGCGAGAAGCAUUUCGUUUGUACGAUAAAGAGGGCAAUGGUUAUAUAGCAGUAUCAGAUUUGCGUGAUAUCUUACGUGCGCUGGAUGAAAAUAUCUCCGUGGAAGAAUUGGAUGAAAUGAUUGCUGAUAUUGAUACGGAUGGUUCCGGUACUGUUGAUUUUGACGAAUGUUACGGAUUCCGGAAACAGAAAGAAAGAGCGAUUAAAACUUUUAAUUACGAAUCUCAGCAGCGAUCUGGAACAAUGCAAUUGAUGCUAUUGAGACAGAAAUUUUCGUUAAUGGACCGUGUUGAGGUGAAGACUGCUGGAUGUCCAUUAAUUAGUUGGAAAGCUAGAGAGAUGCUAAGGACCGCUACAAGACUGAAAUACUCAGCUGGCAGACCGUCUAUUGGUUUGGCAUUAUUUGGAUGUAAAAACCGUCCUGCAUAUCGGAUCGUCGUAUUUCCAGACAAAGCAUACGGGCGACAUCACGAAGGAAGUAUCAUUGAAGAG